AUGUCGCCGAUUUCCCCAGUGACAGGCCCUUCAUCAGAAGAUGCCCUUCGAACUGAGAAACACAGUGUCCUGGAGAAGAAACGCCCUUUUGUAGACGAGGAUUCGUCUUCAAACGGCCGCGAGUCUGGACGUCCGCGGCCUGUUUCCUGGCAUCCCUCAACCCCUGUGGAGCCUCCGCUGAAUUCUACCCAGCUUCGUCCCAUUGGAGUCGAUUCUAUCUUGAACCCCCCGGCGAAAGCACCCUCCGUAUCCGCUUUUACCGCGGAAACUGCUCGAGAAGGACUGGGGGACCAGUUCUCAACCUCUCCGUCUCAUCAGCAUCUGCCCUCCGCGACAGUACAUCUCCCAUCCCCAUCAACACACGCAAAGCGCCUAUCGGCAUCUCCAGGAAUGAGAAGCCGUCAGACCAUUACUCCCGUUUCACCAUCAGCUCGCUUUGUCAGCUCUGGGGUCGGUUAUCCACGAAAAGCGAGUUCUUCCCAAUCUCCGUUAGUUCAAGAAACACGGCCGGGGGCAUACCCUGUGGCGCCUGGUUCACCCUUGCCCGUGGAUUCGGUAACUGGGCAGCCGAUGUCCGUGUCAGGAUAUCAACAGCCUGUUCCAGUGUCCGUUCAUUCCACACCAACUUUCCAUAGCCGCCGGACAAGUGCUAACCCGACACCAAACCCGAGCCCUCAGGAGACGAGCCCUACCACACCCAUCUCGACCUUUAGCCAGUUCGGACGGUCAUCUCCUGCGGCUGCUACUACUUCCGGCCCACAGCCUGCGCCAUCAUAUUUGCAUUCCACCCCACAUACGACGAUGGAACCAGUCAGUCGACUGCCUUCAGUAGUGGCAGGGCACAAGCGUGUGAGCGAAGAGCCCAUCGUCCUGCCUGGUUCCCAGGCGGAAAAUCCCCCUUACCCCGGGAUGAUUCCCUGUAUCCUAGACCUGAAAUCCGGCUCUUCUAGCCAGGCCGAGAAGCGAAAGGCUAAUAGCGAUGCGUCGAGGAGGUUCCGCAACAGAAAACGGAACGAGCUGCAAAUGGAGCAGAAGAUCACGGCCCAGCAGGAUGAAAUCCGGAAGCAAACGGAGGCACUGCAAAGGCAGGCCCAAGAGAUUCGGGCUUUGAUGCAAGAGCGAGAUUUUUACCGCUCCGAGAGGAACUUCUACCGCGAGCACGUCAGUCGUCUGGUGCCUUCCGGUCAGAUCCCGACCCGGCCAACCUCUCCACGUUCCUUUCAAUCCUCGGAUCGUGACCAUCAGGCCUGGCCUAGUACAGACACCACACCGCGAGUUGUGGAUACAAGCGGGGUGCCACCGCCCGCCUCGGCUACCAGAUCAGCUGGUAACUGGACAAGUUGA